AUGGCGGUUCGCGGAACCGCAGCGGUUGUCGUUGCGUUUGUCCUUACUAGUCUUUCCACCAUUGUGGUAGCACUGAGAUUUUACAGUCGUUACUUCCUUGUCGGGAAAGUGGGUUCUCCAGAUUGGGUUAUGUUAUCUGCUCUUCUUGCCACAUGGUGCUGCACCGUUGUCAAUUACUACCAAGUUGUCUAUCUAGACUAUAGCAGGGCUAUGGAGAGCUUCGAAAUAUUAUCAAGCAUCGUCAGAGGCGGACUCCUCACCUUUUGGAUUUACCGAAUCAACUAUAUCGUCGACCUUUGCCUCGUUAAAGUCUCCAUUCUCCUCUUCUACAACUACGUUGCUUCCUCGCACAAGAGCUUCCACCGAAUCGUCCGCGGAAUAAUAACGAUUGUAGUGAUUGCCAGUUUCUCAAUGAUUAUUGCAGGCGCUUUGACCUGCAUUCCACCUUCAGACGCGUGGUCAACUAAGGUUUUCUUCGAUGGAUUUAGGGGCAUUUAUACCGCGCAAUGCUACGACCCAACCAUCCUCUGGUUCUUCAACGCGGGCUUCAACCUCGUCACCGAUCUCGUCAUAUGGAUCCUCCCCAUUCCUUUCGUGCUCAAUCUUCAAAGCAUGCCCGUAAAACGCAGACUCGAGCUCAUCGGCAUCUUCUCAAUCGGAAUUGUCGCCAUCAUUGCCUCCGCGAUUCGACUUUGGAUAUUGGUUCUUUGGGCAUCGAAUUUCAUGGAGCAGGGCAAACACACGGGAGAUUUCCUAAUCUGGGGACAGGUCGAGCAACACGCAGGCAUUAUCUCAGCUUCAAUACCCUUCCUACGACCUCUAUAUCGCAAGGCCAUCCACGCCCGCCGAGGACGCAAUCAGCCGAGCCCAAGCCCAGCAGCGAAACUGCUUCACCCAACGCCACCUAUUCAGCCCCGCACACCCAUCAUACCCUCUCCAUCACCCACUUUCGGUUCCAGUACUGCACCAUUCAAAGCACCUGCUUCGCCUUUGUCGCCGAUUUCGCCUGUUAGUCCGGAAAUGCAAAUCGGAGCAGCUCUUUGA